CGCGUGCGCUUCUUGGUCGAGAAAAUAUGCAUUUAUCCGCUGGCUGACGACGUGUCCUACUCGUAAGUGCAACACUCACCUGCUAAAACUAAUCAUUUUUACCUAGUGUGUGGUGUUGGACGUGGAUUUUCCUAGCUAGAGUCAGUUGAAAGAAAAGUUCUAAGGAAAGAAAUUCAUAAUGGAAUCAGCUAUUGCUGGACGAAGGCGGACUGCCACACGGCAUUCUGCAGAAGAUCAAGCGCUUGAUCAAAUAGCUAAAGAGGCAGAAGCAAGACUGGCUGCUAGGAGACAAGCAAGAGCGGAAGCUAGAGAAAUACGAAUGCGUGAAUUGGAGAGACAACAGAAAGAAGCGGAAGAAAACGCUGAUAGAGUUUAUGAUAUGUGUACAGCUGAUGUGAAUAGAACUAUGAGAGUAACUCCGGAUCCGGUUCGUACAUCACGACUUCUCACAAAUUCCAACAAUUUUCAGCCAAGUCGUAGAUCCUCGGAAGAUUCGUUAGAAGAUGCAGGAUUAAGCAGAGAUAUGAGAUUGGAAUUGAAAGAAUUCGAAGAGAAGUUCAGGAAAGCAAUGAUAGCCAAUGCUCAGUUAGACAACGAAAAAUCGUCUUACGCCUAUCAAGUCGAUUUGUUAAAAGAUAAGCUUGAAGAAUUCGAAGAAACAGCUGCACAGUUACGUAGGGAAUUGAGAGAAAAGAAUCGAGAUGUGGAACAGUUAAAACGAAUCAGUCAAAGAUUAAAGGAAGACUUAGAUAUUUACAGAGCACAAUUAUUAGAAAGAGAUACGCUUAUACAAGAAAACGGUUUAGUCAUUGUUGACGAUGAGGGAAGUGAAGACGAGAAUAAUGAAAAUUUAGGAAACGGACCGUGCCGUAGAAAGAGAGUACUAGUCAGUACGGAAGCUGCAGAGUUAUUAGAAACGGCUGGUAAAGGCUCAUUAGAUGUUCGACUGAGAAAAUUUGCUUCCGAAAAAAAAGAAUUGCAGGAUGAAAUUCGGCAUUUAAGAUUAGAACUUGAAGAAACUAGAAACCGUAUGAGAUCUGAAAGAUCAUCUGGUUACUUAUCGGACAACGACGACGUUCAACGCGAAGCAAAUAAAUUGUUGGCGGAUUAUAAAUUCAAAUUACAAAAAGCGGAACAGGAUACGUCCACGCUGCAAGCAACAGUAGCUAGAUUGGAAAGUCAAGUAAUUCGUUAUAAGUCAGCUGCGGAAGCGUCUGAAAAAUCGGAAGAUGAAUUGAAAGUAGAAAAGAGGAAAUUGCAAAGAGAAAUAAGAGAAACACAAAAUCGAGUAGAAGAGUUGGAAGCGGAAAACACACAUCUACACAGGCGAUUGGAUAAAGUUAGAAAUGCAAAGUCAAAUCUCUUAAAGGAGCUUUGACGGAGCAAUGUUUGCAGAGAUGUAUAACGAGUCCGUCAUUUUACUUAUGUCCCGAAGAGAAAGACCGUGUGCCCCAAUGUUGCCUCGAUAUUAAGUACUACUUAACACUUUGGAUGUAGUUUACAAAAACGAAGAUUACGUAAUAUCGUUAUAGUUCACAUUUAUAGUAGACAUUAUUUGGACAAAAACCACGGGAGAACUGUGGAAGAGAGAUUCCCUACCUCUUACAUCCACUAAGUCUUUGAUAUCAACACUUUGUUACUUCCGCAUAAACCUUUCAGUGGAAUGACAAAAGACACUUUUUACCGCAUUUCUCACACGUUAAAUUUUUCGACGAAUUUAUAAGCAGUUAUGAAUCCGAUUCAGAACUUGAUACGUUUAUAUAUAAGUGGCAAAUGGAUUAAAUAGCGUAUUUAUUUUUGUUUGCCUCAUGUUGCAAUAAAUUCAUAUAAAACUUACUUAAAAAAAUUACUAAUAUAUAUAUUUUUAAAAGCGUAAAGAUAUUUAUAUUAUGAUUAAAUAUGAAAUAAGCGCGUUAAUUGCUUUUUACUGUAUUAAAUUUAAUACGGCAGAAUA